UAUCUAACUUUUUUUUUUUUAAUGAGGGAUGAACAGUAAGAUUUCUUUUUACUGUCUCAUUAGCCUUGUUGCAGGAGAUUGGAGAAAGAUGGAAUGCAAGGAAGGGGAAUCCCGAAGGAAGUAGAGUCCCAAACAGGCUGUAGAGAGAAACUGUCAUGAGAUACAAUGGCAAAAUAUCGUUUGAUUCUCAUCUACAGAAGAAUUUAAUCAGGAAGUGGACUACAUGGCAAUUUUUCAAGUUUUUGAGAGUAUUUGACCAACAGAAUAUGAGGCAUGGAAGAGUUCUAAGGUGAUCAGCUGCUUUGGGCUGAGCAUCAUCAUCUUUGUUCAAGUGGAUCUAGGCUUCCAAGACAGGCCUUCAGACAGUCCAAUGGCAGACCAAAGGAUGGACAUAUCUUCUACAAUUAGUGACUUUAUGUCACCAGACCCUGCUGACUUGAUCUCCAGUUCCCUUAGCACUUCAGGAAUGGAUUGUAACAGGAAAAGAAAGGGAAGCUCUACUGAUUAUCAACUCGAUGGCUUUCCUUUUGAGGAAGGUAUGGAUACAGAUAAAGAUGACCAACAUGGAAGAUUGGAGUAUGCAGACCAACAAGGCAGAAUAAAAAAUGCAAGGGAGGCUCACAGUCAGAUUGAGAAGAGGCGCAGGGAUAAAAUGAACAGUUUCAUAGACGAGCUGGCCUCGCUGGUCCCGACGUGCAAUGCGAUGUCUCGGAAGCUGGACAAGCUCACCGUGCUGAGAAUGGCUGUGCAGCACAUGAAAACACUACGUGGUGCUACAAACCCAUAUACAGAAGCAAACUAUAAGCCUGCUUUUCUAUCAGAUGAUGAAUUAAAACAUCUUAUUCUCAGGGCAGCAGAUGGAUUUCUUUUUGUUGUGGGCUGUGACAGAGGAAAGAUACUGUUUGUUUCAGAAUCUGUUUUCAAGAUCCUCAACUACAGCCAGAAUGAUUUGAUUGGUCAAAGUUUAUUUGAUUAUCUCCAUCCUAAAGACAUUGCCAAAGUGAAGGAGCAGCUCUCUUCUUCUGACACUGCACCACGGGAAAGGCUCAUAGAUGCAAAAACCGGACUCCCGGUCAAAACCGACAUCACGCCCGGGCCAUCGCGGCUCUGCUCGGGAGCAAGAAGGUCCUUCUUCUGCAGGAUGAAGUGCAAUAGGCCUUCAGUGAAAGUAGAAGACAAGGAUUUCCCUUCAACCUGUUCAAAGAAGAAAGCAGACCGCAAAAGCUUUUGCACUAUUCAUAGCACAGGAUAUUUAAAAAGCUGGCCUCCAACAAAGAUGGGACUGGAUGAGGAUAACGAGCCCGAUAACGAGGGCUGUAAUUUGAGCUGCCUUGUUGCCAUUGGGAGGCUCCAUCCCCAUGUGGUGCCACAGCCGGUGAACGGCGAGAUCCGGGUGAAACCUACGGAAUACGUGUCCCGACACGCCAUAGAUGGGAAAUUCGUUUUUGUAGAUCAGAGGGCAACAGCCAUUCUGGCAUACUUACCCCAGGAACUUCUAGGUACUUCGUGUUAUGAAUAUUUUCAUCAAGAUGAUAUAGCACACCUUGCAGAAUGUCAUAGACAAGUUUUGCAGACGAGAGAAAAAAUUACAACCAACUGCUACAAGUUUAAAAUAAAAGAUGGCUCUUUUAUUACAUUGCGGAGUCGCUGGUUCAGUUUCAUGAACCCUUGGACCAAAGAAGUAGAAUACAUUGUCUCAACAAACACAGUCGUUUCCACCACUGUACUGGAGAGCGGGGACGCAGCCUUUCCACAGCUCGCGGCGUCUCCACACAGCAUGGACAGUGUGCUCCAGGCUGGAGAAGGUGGCCCAAAAAGGACCCACCCUACUGUGCCUGGAAUUCCAGGUGGAACACGAGCGGGAGCAGGUAAAAUAGGGAGGAUGAUUGCUGAAGAAAUCAUGGAGAUUCACAGGAUAAGAGGAUCAUCACCUUCCAGCUGUGGCUCCAGUCCCCUGAACAUCACCAGCACCCCACCACCUGACACCUCCUCCCCAGGAGGCAAGAAGAUCUUGAAUGGUGGCACUCCAGACAUUUCUUCAGCUGGAUUGCUGUCUGGGCAAAUCCAGGAUAAUUCUGGUUACCCCUAUUCCGACAACUCCUCCAUCCUCGGGGAGAACUCCCACAUCGGCAUCGACAUGAUCGACAACGACCAGGGCUCGAGCAGCCCCAGCAACGACGAGGCCGCCAUGGCCGUCAUCAUGAGCCUGCUGGAGGCCGACGCGGGGCUGGGCGGCCCCGUGGACUUCAGUGACCUGCCCUGGCCCUUGUAAAUGAUGCCCCCAGACACCCAAAUAUCAAAGUGCAUUUACUGGUGGAGUUCUACAGUCUGUGAAACUCGUGGGACUGAGGAGCUUUUAUGUACGGAUUUCAUAAAAGCCGUGUCAGAAUGCAACUCAUCCUUACCAUGUGUAACUUCAGACAAAGUGGAAUAACCUGCUACAGUGUUCUGUGUUGAUUUGGUUAGCUGUGUAUAGCUUGCAAUACUUGUAUAUUUUGGAUUCUGUUGUUUGAAAUUUUUUUUUUUUUUAAAUCACUGUGCAACUCACUGGCAUCAGUGGUAGCUUUUAUAUGCAAAUGACCAUUUCAGAUGUAUGGUGUGUUUUUACACUGCAAAACAGUCCCCAUGUGGAUAUUUCUUAUACUAAUUGUACCAUAAAGCUGUUUAUUCUUUCUUGUAAGAAUCCUUUACUAUAAAUAUUGUUAAAGUGUAAUGUAUUAGACAGUUAAAUAUUUUUAAAAUAAAUGUUUCCCUUGUUCUAAGACGGAGCAUUUACUUUGAUAAAUAAAUUUGAUAAAACCCUGCUGAAGGUGCAUGCUAGAA